CGCGCGCGGCCUGCGGGACAGACUGGGGGAGGGAGUCGGGUUGCCGCUGAGUGCCGCCAUAUUAGCGACCGCGGAGGCCGGGGGAUUCCCGUGAGCGGCGGCGGCGGCGGCGGGGCCUGGCGCAGCGGCGGGGACUCGAACGGGCGAGGCGUGUUCCUGGGACCGGCGGGAACCGGCGGGAGCCGGCUGGCGACCGGAGCGAGGCAGGCUGCCCUCGGCUGCGGGCCCCGCCCCGCCCGCCCGCCCGCCAUGGACCAGGACUAUGAGCGAAGGCUCCUGCGACAGAUCAUCAUCCAGAAUGAGAACACGGUGCCAUGUGUCUCAGAGAUUCGGAGAACCCUGACACCAGCCAACUCCCCAGUGUCCUCGCCCAGCAAGCACGGUGACCGCUUCAUCCCCUCGCGGGCUGGGGCUAACUGGAGUGUCAACUUCCACAGGAUCAAUGAAAAUGAGAAGUCCCCCAGCCAGAACCGCAAAGCCAAGGACGCUACCUCUGACAAUGGCAAAGAUGGCCUGGCUUACUCUGCACUGCUGAAGAAUGAACUACUGGGCGCUGGCAUUGAGAAGGUGCAGGAUCCCCAGACGGAGGAUCGCAGGCUACAGCCGUCCACCCCAGAGCACAAGGGGCUCUUUACGUAUUCCCUCAGCAGCAAGCGCUCGAGUCCAGACGAUGGCAAUGACGUGUCCCCAUACUCCUUAUCCCCUGUCAGCAACAAAAGUCAGAAGCUGCUGCGGUCCCCACGGAAGCCCACGCGCAAGAUCUCCAAGAUUCCCUUCAAGGUGCUGGACGCGCCCGAGCUCCAGGACGAUUUCUACCUCAACCUGGUGGACUGGUCCUCCCUCAACGUGCUCAGCGUGGGGCUGGGCACCUGCGUGUACCUGUGGAGCGCGUGCACCAGCCAGGUGACCCGGCUCUGUGACCUCUCUGUAGAAGGGGACUCAGUGACUUCCGUGGGCUGGUCUGAGCGGGGGAAUCUGGUCGCCGUUGGCACACACAAAGGCUUCGUGCAGAUCUGGGAUGCCGGUGCCGGGAAGAAACUGUCCACCCUGGAGGGCCACACAGCACGAGUGGGGGCGCUGGCCUGGAAUGCUGACCAGUUGUCAUCUGGUAGCCGUGACCGCAUGAUCCUACAGCGGGAUAUCCGCACACCACCCCUGCAGUCAGAGCGGCGGCUGCAGGGCCACCGGCAAGAAGUGUGUGGCCUAAAGUGGUCCACUGACCACCAGCUACUCGCCUCAGGAGGCAAUGACAACAAGCUGCUCGUGUGGAACCACUCAAGCCUCAGUCCUGUGCAGCAGUACACGGAGCACCUGGCAGCCGUGAAGGCUAUUGCCUGGUCCCCACACCAGCAUGGACUACUGGCAUCUGGUGGUGGCACAGCUGACCGCUGUAUCCGGUUCUGGAACACUCUGACAGGCCAGCCACUGCAGUGCAUUGACACAGGCUCACAAGUAUGCAACCUAGCCUGGUCCAAGCACGCCAACGAGCUAGUGAGCACACAUGGCUACUCACAGAACCAGAUCCUUGUGUGGAAGUACCCGUCCCUUACACAGGUGGCCAAGCUCACUGGCCACUCGUAUCGUGUCCUCUACCUGGCCAUGUCCCCUGAUGGGGAGGCCAUCGUCACUGGAGCUGGGGAUGAGACCCUGCGGUUCUGGAAUGUCUUCAGCAAAACCCGCUCUACAAAGGAGUCUGUGUCUGUGCUCAACCUCUUCACCCGGAUCCGAUAGACCCGCAGGCGGGACGUGCAGCCCCACGGGCAGAGAUGGAGUAGCCAGCAUGCAUGGGCCCUGCUGUACCUGCCGUCCCCAGAGCCAUCUGGCGGGCGGGAACCGGGCCAGAGACCCCAGAGUCUCAUUAAAUGCCUCCUUGUGAGCUGUGGAUCCAGUAUCUGGGACGGGAACACGGGGACCCUCAGCCGGACGGACACUUGCGACCUGUUACCACUGCCCAAGCCAUAUUGGACACCACUGAACAGGAGGCUGAGGGCCCAUCAAACCCCCAAACCCAGUGGGACCUGGGACGAGAGCCAUGGUGUCCCUCCCUGCAGCCACCCCAGCUACACCCAAGCCAGAACAUCCUGGGAGGAGCUGGCAGUGACCUGUGACAUUCUAAUUGCAGUGCCACCCUGUGUCUGUGUGUGCUCCUCCUGUAACCCCUUCCUGUGGGUGUCAGCCCUGUCCCCAGCCAGCUGCUUUGUCUGCCUUGUCCGCCUCUUGGCCUUCUUUAAGCUUCCCAGGCCUCCCUGUCUUCCGACCCCAUUUCUACUGCCCCUCCUCCCUGGGGAGCCCCAGUGUGGUGGCAGUGGCCUAUGGUGUGUGCAUGUGUGUAUAUAUGUAUUUGUGACACCUUGG